GCCACAUUAAAUACAAAUGUCAGGUGCCCAUCUCUAUGUUAAUAAAACAGAAAGAAAAAAAAUACAGCAAAACAUAUAGAGAAAAAUAAAUACAUGUCUACUACCGCGAAGGUGUUCGUGGGCAGCCUGCCUCCCGGCUGUAAGCCGGAGGAGCUACGUCGCCUUUUCGCCAACUAUGGAUCCGUCGUAGAAUGCGACGUGAUGAACCGCUGUGCCUUUGUCCACUUGGCCAACGUGGAUAUGGCGGACGCGGCCAUCUCGGCGCUAAAUGGUACCAAUUUUAAAGGUCAGAAUAUAGUCGUAGAGGCAGGCAGACCGAAAUAUGGUAAUGGUCCCCGGAAUGGCGGUGGUGGUAGACCCUCAGACGGUCCCACCGGCAGCCCAAAUAAAAGAUCCAACGACUCUGGAAACAACUUCAAGCGUAACAAUUAUCGCGAGGAAGGUAGUAGUCGGUUUUCUGGGGGAAACAACUUCAACAAGCCGAAUGAGUUUGGACCAAUGCGUAAGGAAGCUAACUAUAGGCAGGAGCGGAGUGCACCCUAUAGCAAAGGACCAUCACAACAGAGCCAAAGUAAGGAUGGAUUUAGGAACAACAAAUUCGCCUCUGGAGGCAAUGCCACAAAAUUCGGGGAGGGAAACCGCUUUAGCAACAACCGCUUCCAGCAGCAGAGGGACCAAAACGGUAGCAGGGGAUUCAGCAAUACCAGCAAGGGUCCGCCAACUGGCAGGAGACCUAAUUUUAAAAAUAGUCCAACAAGUGCUUACGGAGGUGGUGGGAGCCAAAGUGACUUUUCUACUGGUAGUAAUGCCGGUGGAAGCAACGGUGGCAGUCGGGGACCAGACAAUAAUGUUCGCCAGGAUCGCCGUGGCUUUGCGCUGCCUGUGGAACAUCAGCAUCAAGGUUUCAAUCGCUUCGCUAAUGGACCAAUCAAUUCGGGAAAUCGUGGCGAUGCUGGGGCUAAUGGGCUUUCAAGUCCACAUGGUGGACGGGGAUUUUUUAAUGGGGGCGCGGGAAUGAAUGGCAGACGCGGUAGCAAUGGACCACCUGGCAAUGAAUACAACAACCAGGAAGGAGGCAGGGGAUCGAGUAAUCGCGGUGGUGUAGCAGCCGGAGGUGGUGGAGGAAAGGGUCACCUGAAUGGCCUACAAGCAUAUCACACGGAGUUUCCUCCUUUGGGUAGCGGUGGUGGGUCUAAUGGCCCUACUCAGCGGAAUCGUUUCAACGGACCGCGACCUGGGCCUAAUAUGGGUGGUAAUAGAAGAUUUUGAAGCAAGUGCUGCUGGACGCAUUGCCUUCUUGCUGUUGGCCACUCCUUGUGAACACCAAUUAAUAUUGUAAUAGCCGAAUUUUGUUUUCCAUUGUUUCGAGCCCCGAAUCUUUUAGUAAAACCGACCGGUUCAUUUUUAUUUGUCCUAUAGCUGUACUUUUAAGACCAAGAUCAACAGUAUAUUUGUUAUUUGUAGUUAAGAUUGUUUCAAUAUUUAAUGCAAUACUUAAAUAAUCAUAUUACGUGUGUGCAACUAGAAA